UCUGGGCCUUUUUUCUUUCUUUUUACUUCUGUGGUGGCUGUGCCACAAAAGCUGUGACAUGAGGCUCACAUAGACCUUAAAACCACAAUGUUCCUCUGUUGACACUGAGAAAACACGUUCAGCGCACUGAAAAUCCUGUUUUGAAGCCAGUUCUCAUGGUGGGACGAGGCCACCAAGGUGAUUUCCCAGCUCUCAGCCACCUCUGGAUGACAACAAACACCAAAAAGGUCACUUUUUAAGUGGCAACCUGCAAAUCCCACACAGCAAUGACUCUACACACCUCUCUUUUUGUUUUAUUUUGUUUUCCUGGCAGCAAAAUGUCACUUCUCCCUGAUUCACUCAGCAGAAAACACCUAAACAAUGAGUUCACGAAUCCAAAUAAAUCAGAGCUAUUUCCCCCCAAGGAAAGAGGGAAAUCGACUCUUGAGAUUGGAUUGUGAGGCUCACAAUGUUUGCCGUUCCCCCUGAAGCCCUGCUGCCCUGGAAACGUGCCUUUGUGGGGUUUGUGCUCGUCAUAGCCCCCCGACACCGUGAUUUCUGGGCUUCGCCUGCCCUUCGGGGUGUGGAUGCAGAGAGUUUAUCCCACAGAUAAUUGUGGUCACCCCUAAAGCUCAACCCCAACCCCGAGGAGAACCCAGCUCCCCUCGCACGCCGCCGCCACAUCCGUGCACGAGCGGUGGGUGAUCCGGAUGCGCCCGCGGUGAGCCAUGCAUCGCAGGUCGUUUCCUAGCAAGCACAUGUAGCCUCCGAAAGAGAAACUGUGAACCACUGCAUGAGUAAACACCACACAGAACUUUUUUUUUUUUUUCCGUCCAGCCCCAUGAGCGGUGAUUUUUAAACACGUGGAGAUGGCUGUAAAAGGGCUGGUGAGCCUCUCGGUAAAACUAAGCACUUUUACAUACCUCCCUGGGCACAAGGGUGCAGUGCUCAACAACAAAACAAGAUUUUUUUUCGUAUUUUUGGUAUUGGUGCACCUCUAGUGUGAGUGACUUUCUGGAUGGAGUGGUGUGCCAGGAGCACAGUCCCACAAAUACCCCCCCCGCCAUGGUCAGAAAAGCCACGUCCCCACGGGAACCUCUUUGCAGCUGCACACCCUGCGGAUGCCUGCAGCCCUCAGACUUCACCCCACAGGCAAGCAAUAACAAAGUAUGGAUCAAAACUGCUCAGAGGAGGAUUUCUGUCUGUGUCUGGGGGAAGGAUGUAAGAUGGGCAGCAGCGCCCCCGGCCAGCUGCUGCAGCACCCGAUGGCGGCCCAGGCUCCGCUUUCGAGCAACUCCAACAGCACCCUGUGCCCCAUCAACACCGCCUUCGCCCAUCACUUCUUGCCCAGCGUCUACCUGGUGGUGAUCCCGCUGGGGCUGGUGGGGAACGUGCUGGGGCUGUGGCACCUGCGGGCCGCCCCCCGCGGACCCCUCAGCCUGCUGGUGGGCAACCUGGGCCUGGCCGACCUGCUGUACGUGGGCACGCUGCCCUUCCUCGUCGGCUACUACCUGCGGGGCAGGGCCUGGCCCUUCGGCAGGGCCUGGUGCCGGCUGACGCGGAGCCUCUUCCACCUCAACCUCUACGCCAGCAUCGGCUUCCUCACCUGCAUCAGCCUCCACCGCUACCUGGGCAUCGUGCACCCGCUGCGGGCGCGGGGUAGGUGCCAGGAGCUCUUCUCCUCCGGGUGGCUCAGCGCCGCAGUCUGGGGGUGGGUGGUGGCGCAGGUGGCCCCCGACCUGGCCUUCAGCAAGAUGAACCCCAAUGGGACGCAGUGCCACGACACCACGGAGCAGGACAACCUGGGCAGUUACCUGGCGUACACCGCAGCCGUCACCGCCACCGGCUUCGUCGUGCCCUUCCUCAUCAUCAUCGGCUGCUACUGCCACGUGGUGGUGGUGCUCUGCAGGAACGACACCAUGGACCCCGGCCUCAGGAGAAGGAGCAUCAGACUGGUGGUUCUCGUGAUGGUGCUCUUCUCUGUCUGCUUCCUCCCCUACCACGUCUUCAGGAACCUCAACUUGCUGUCCCGGCGCUGGCAACAGCAAGGGUCCUGCACGCAGGCUUCAAGGGACAUCUACGUCUCCUACCAGGUGACCAGGGGCCUGGCCAGCUUCAACAGUGCCCUCAACCCCCUGCUCUACGUAAUGACCAGCAAGGACUGCACCUCACGUGUGAGAACCAUCUACCGAAGGGCCAAGAAGUCCCUGGAGUCUGUCUUCACAAGGGAAAGCUCUCGCCAAGCGCUUGAGACGAGGACAAGCAACAUCUCCGGUGAGCAGGAGGCUUCUGAUGAGCUCUGAGGCACCCAGCACAACUCCUUCCCCAAAAGACGUGCUGCAUUGGCUUGUGCUUGGCUCCUUCUUGGUAUCAGCCCCUUGUCCCCACCACCACACCUGACCCUGGUGCCAGGGACAGACAGGACCACAGGCAUCAGACACCGAAGCGGGGUCAGGUUUUAGAGCAAAGCUACCAAACCCAACCGCUUUGCCUACAACAUGCCAGGAGAUGGAACAAAAUAGAUGCUGCCUUCACCCCAUUCCUGAAAUAUUUCUCAGCCCUGCCUCCAAUGCAGCAGUCUGAGGGGGGUUAACAGCCCUUGGCUGCAUUUUGGGCUUCUCGACGAGCGAGGGACGGGGACGAGCGAUGCUUGGCCCCACAGCACCCUCAAGCUGCCAGACUUCUUUGGGGGACAUGGACUGGAGGUGGGCUCCGGAGAGGGCAGUGGUAAUCGGACUACUAUUGCAGGGCUGCUGAGAGAGGAAGUGCUUUGGAAAAGGAAAUAUUCAUAAAAAUAACUCAGUUUAAACGUAUGACUAAACCAUGCCAGCUGCUGGGCUAGAUGUUCUGGGCGAUUGAGCUGCUUCAGGAUCUGUUAUCCUCCGCUGCCCACCUUCUUCACAGACAAAAAAAAAAAAAAAGUAUUUCAGCAUUACUCACUCUCUUCUGGAACACCUCAUAGCAGGCGACAACAAAUUGGCAUUUAAAAGUUUCCGAAGUUUUUUUUUUUUUUUUUAAAUCCUUAUUGUUCUUUACAAGGCAAAUGACAGCAGCAGCCCGAACCCGGGGCUCGGCAGGCAGCUCCCCGCAGAGCCCCGCAGGUGGGUGGCUGCAGCUCGCUCUCCCAUCCAGCCCCACGAGGAUGUUCAAAAUUAGACGUGUCUGGUGCAAAUUAGACGUGCAAAUGCCAUCUGAAGACAGGCUUGAAGACUUCUGGAGGUAAGGGUGGCUGGGGAGGGCAGGAUGUGCACCAGUGCCUGGGGGGUGGCCGUGGGGCUCUGCUGCAGAGGCUCCUGAGCAGCUCUCCUGCUCUCCGUGUUCCCCACCACAAGCAGCUGGAAUGUUUCAGUCCUUGUGAAAUGGAGACUGCCUUCAGUCCUGCAAAGUGCUUUGCAGCAGCAGCUUUUGCACCCCUGCUGAAGGAGGGGGGCUGUGAGUUAGAAGCACCCUGUGCUGGGAAAGCACCAGCCCAGGGGCACUGCGUGUCGGAGCAAAGUCUUACCGGCAGCUGCUCACAGCCCCACCUCGCUGCUCUGCAGGAAGCCGUGGCUGGCCUUCAGGCAGAGCUAACACGCCUAAUGUGCAAAUAAACACUUCUUGCUUUCA